AUGGAUCAUUUCGAAAAAAUGUCAAGAGAUGAUCUUCGUAAAGAAGUUAUUAAACUUCUUGAUAUAAUGUCCGGAGGUGUAAAAAGUAAAAGAAUCCUCAAAUCACAACAAUUAAGAUCUAUGAGCACUUCAGAACUUCUGACAUUUAUUAGAGAACAUUUACAAAUAAACCAAGCUGAAAUUAGAGAUGUUCCACUUACGCUUAAGGAAGUAUUUCCCUUCGAAGAUCUUAUUUUUAGUGAUUACAAAGAAACUAAAAAAGGAAUUGUAAGAACUACCGUGUAUAGAAACAAAGGCAAAGAAAUAUAUUUUGAAAAAUACUUUGACCUUUUUGAGGAAAGAGGAAUUGAAUAUUAUAUGAAAAUCAUCACAAAAAUUAUAAAUUCUUUCUUUGAAAAGAACGAAAAUUUUGUGAUCAAUGAUAUUCGAAGUGAUACUUCAGUUAAAAUAUAUUUGAAACUAGAAUUCAAGCAAAAGAAAGACUCUCAAAAAAGUGAAAACUUUGCUGUAAGAUCAGAAACUAAGGAAUUGUGUGUUGGUGAAGAUCGAGAAGAAUGGUAUCAACAUGCAUGUCAAGAACUGAUGAUGAACAUGGAGAAUUUGCAAUCAAGAGGUUCUGGUUGGACUAUUUCAGGAAUAAAUUACCUUGAGAUGAACCAGACUAUGUGUCAUUCACCUAGUGGUUAUUUCUACAUGGAUCUUCCAAAAUGUAUUAAUGCUAAACAUUGCGUCAUUAAUCCUAAAAAUAAUGAUGACAAGUGUUUUAUGUGGUCUAUAUUAGCUCAUCUUCAUCCAGCAAAACAUCAUGUUUCAGAAAUUUAUAGUUACACUCCUUAUCAAAAUGAACUAAACUUUGGAGAUCUAACUUUUCCAAUGAAAAUAAAAGAUAUAAAUAAGUUUGAGAAAAUGAAUGAUCUUGUUGUAAAUGUGGUAGAAUGUACUGAAAAAGGACAAAUAAAUCCAUUACGUCCUUCAAGAGGAAUCACUGCUGAUGAUAGCAAAGUUAUCAACUUAUUAUAUUAUGAAAAUAAAGAAGGAAAUUCACAUUACUCCCUAAUCAAAAAUCUUGAUACCCUUAUGAAUAAACGAGGAGAGCAUCAAAAAAAGUUCUGUGUUAGAUGUCAUUGCUCUUAUAAUGUAAAUAUGAAUGAUAAGAUUAGAUCAAAUUAUCACAGACAUUUAGAGGACUGUGGUAAAAACAAACCGGUUUCACACAAACUAUCCAAGAAAACCUCUGUAAAGUUCAAAAAUAUCAGUAAUACACAAAAGCAUAGAUACGUCAUUUAUGCAGACUUUGAAAGUAUCAUUGAGAAAUAUCAAAGAGCACUAGAUAAUCCAAAUAUAUCUUGGACUACUGAUGUUGGAAAACACAUUCCAGCUGGAUUUUGUGUCAUAGUAGUUGAUUCUUUCACCAAAAAAUUGUAUAGUAUCAAAUCUUAUAUUGGGCAUAAUACUGCGCUAGAAUUUAAUAAAUACAUCAUUAAAAUAUUUCAAGAAAUUAUGCAUUUAAGUGAUGUGGAAAUGAGAGAAUUAACUGAAGAAGAAUGGACUUUCCAUGAUGAGAAUAAAGAGUGCCCUAAUUGUUCAAUAAAGUAUGAUUCUAAAGAAAUGAAAACGACUAAAGUUAGAGAUCAUGAUCAUUUGACUGGAGAAUAUCGUGGACCUCUUUGUGGAGCAUGUAAUCUAUUGAAAAGAAAAAAUACCUUCAUUCCGAUAUUCUUUCACAAUCUUAGAGGUUAUGACUCUCAUCUGAUUGUUGGAUGUCUUGAAAGUACUAAAUAUUUGAAUGAGCAUGAAAUUGACAUCAAAAAUAUUUCUAGUAACACAGAAAAAUUUAUUAGUUUUAGUUACAAGUUACCUUCAGAGACAGAUAAUCUUGCUUCAAAACCUAACUUUAAAAGAACCAUUAUGUAUAAUGAAGAGUUAUCUGCUGUAGAAAUGGAGAAAACCAAUAUAACACUUGAUAAACCUAUUUAUGUCGGUUUUGCUAUUCUAGAUCUGAGUAAGUGGUUGAUGUAUGAUUUUCAUUAUAAUGUAAUGCAGAAAAAGUAUGGAUAUCAAAAUGUAGAGUUAUGUUAUCAAGAUACUGACAGUCUCAUAUAUGACAUCAAGACUGAAGAUUUCUACAAAGAUGCGGAAGAAGAUAUAGAUUUUCAAAAAUAUUUCGAUUUUAGUGAUUAUCCGAAAGAUCAUGUAUUAUACUCAGAAGAAAAUAAAAAAGUUGUUGGAAAAUUCAAAGAUGAAUUGAAUGGUAAAAUUAUGACUGAAUUACUUGCUUUAAAACCUAAACAAUAUGGUUUUAAGACUCUAGAUGGUGAAGAAACUAAGAAAAGUAAAGGAAUAAAGAAAAAUAUUGUCAAGAAUGAACUGACACUCGAUGAUUAUAAGCAUAGCCUUUUUAAUAAGAGUAUUAUUAGGAAAACUCAAUAUACUAUCAGAAGUGUUAAACACACUAUUUUCACACAAUGUCAGAAUAAAGUAGCUCUCAAUAACUCUGAAAAUUCUACAGAACAUAAACGUUACAUAAUAAAAGAUAAUCACUCGACAAUGGCAUUUGGAAAUGUGAAUAUCAAACCGGAGGUUCUGGGAAUCUGA